GAUAAACGUGCGUUUAAAGGCAAAAGUUUUUAUUAAAAUAAAUAAAUAUCAGAUUGUCUUAAAAAAAUUGUGCUGCUUUGUGAAAAUCUCUGUAAAAAGUUGAAAAGACGUAAAAAAUUUGUGUUGUGAAAUUCUUGUUGAUAAUGCGAUACUAGCAAGUUAUGAACACCACCGACAAUGAUAGUGAAGAUUUACAUAUUGAAACAAAGGAUGAAAAUGUCAACAUUGGUGCAGGAGACGGUGUUAAUAGCCAGGCAAAAAGCAUUUCAAUUGAACAAGCAUUAUCAGGAGUUUGCCCAUAUUUGUCUGCAGAAUAUGGAGAAAGAUACCAGCCCAGGGCGGGAUCUAGCAGGAGCCAGUAUCAAUAUAAAGAAAAAAGAAGUGAUUUUAUUCGUCGCCAAUAUUUUGAUAAUUCUAAUUUGGAUACAAAAAGAAAGAAUGAUCGGGAUCGUGGAAGUAAUAAGAGUCUUAGUUCUAAAAAUUGCGAUUAUGAAGAUGAAAAACGAAAUGCCGCGUCUACAAGUGCCACAAAUCAACGAUAUCGUGAGAAAGACUUGAAUAAAGGUCAAAUUGAUUCUGGAAAUAAACUAAACUACGGUGGUGGAAAGAAAUCAGAUGUGUCAUCAAAUUACAAUGUGUCAGAAGAGAUAAAAAUUUCCAAAAUUUUAAGGAACUUGGUUGGAGAAAAUCAUCCCAGCGUAGCAAAAGAAUUAUGCAGAAAAUUAGAUAUUGCUAUUACUGAUCAAGCAAAUUCUGUUUAUAUUAAAAGAGCAUUUGAUUUUAUAGCUGAAUCGAUAAUAUCCGUAUUUCGUAAUGGGCCAGCAGAAUGUUUAGAUCACUUAGCAAUUAUAUUUGGCAAUCUUGGAUUUAUAGCAAUAUCUGAUUUUCCAAUAUACAAAUGUUGGAUAUGCCAAAGUUAUGACACGUACAAAGAAAUAAGAGUUUACUUAAUGAAAGCUUUAAAAGAAACCUUCCGUUUAGACUAUAAACGAAGGAAGUUGAAUGUUUAUAGCGAAAGAAUGUUAUUACAACUAAAAGACUAUUUAGAAAAUUCUGAUAUUGUUGAAACAUUUGUAGCCGUUAGUGAUUGCAUUGCAGAGUUUUCAAACAAUUAUAAAAAACCAUUUGAAAAACACUUUCAAGAUAUUGUUGAUAUUGUUGUUGGUUGGCACUUGGAAAUGGACCAAGCUAUGGAUCUUAAAUUACAUUGUUCAAAUGUUUUACAAAAUUUUUCUGAUUUUUUUGUUAAAAAGUUGGAUUUUACACUAGGACUGUUGGAACAAUUUUUAGAAGAUAUUGCCAUAUUUGCUGAAGAUAUGGAAAAUGAAAAAUCAUCCGUUUCAGAAGAACGUCCUCAGCAUCCACCAGAAAUAAGCGUUGGAUCUUUUAUUGGAGCUUUCAACACUAUUAUAAAAUGUUUAGUAAAUGAUAAAACAAUAUUAGCAUUUAACAUGUCAAAGCAUAAACCAUUCUUUAAUAAAGCUGUAGAAACGAUUACAAAAGUUGCAAAAUUAAGUUUGCUUAAAACUAUAUGUCCUGAGACAGUACAAUCAGUAAAUGAAUUCUUUGUAUUAAUUCUGGCAAGUGAUAGUGAUUUAGUAAUUUGUGACACAAAUCAGGUUAUUGAAAUUAUUUGUAUCCAAGAAAAAAAUUUGAAAUUAUUCAGCGAUAAUCAAAUAUGCAGUUUUUUGUUUCUUGUUUUAUACCUGAUUAAAAAUCUUCAGCAAAAUUUACCAAUUGAAUUAGUUGAUCAUUUACUUCAGUCAGACACCGAAUUAAAUAGCUUAAAAUUUUCAAAAAAUAAAAAAAUAUUCAAGCUAUUUAUAAAAAUAUAUCACGAAAUAUUAAUUAUUAAGAAUGUACCAAUAUUGCAACAGGCUUAUAAAUAUAUUUUGACUGACAUUCGAGAAGCCGUUUCUGUAAUUUUUAAUAAAAAUAAUGAUGACGAGCUCAUAAAUUUCAAUCAAUCGGAAUGCAUUUUAAAUUUUCAUCUAUGUUCUUUAUCCAUAUUAGCUACACAAACAUCAUCUAUAAUAGCUAUGUAUGCCUUACAACCAUCAAUUUUGGAACUUUUUCUAAAGGAUUUAGAAGCAGACAAUUUAAGUUUGUGGGUUGUGUGUCCGAAUUUACACAAAUCUAUUUUAAAUCUUUUGAAAACUCAUUGUAGUAAAAAUCACAAUUUUCUAUUGUCAAGCAACUUAAUUAAUGGACAAAAUUCGAUGUUUAGUAAACUUUCCUUAGACGACUUAAGUCCAACUUCUGAAAAUUUUACAGAAAUUUUAAGAUUCUUAAAAAAUAUAAUUAAGAAUUUCGAAGAUACCAAUAAUUUUGAUUCAGAGUCAUUUGCAAAUUUACUUAAUUGGUUAAUAUCCAUUUACUCGGAAUGUGCAGAUCAUGCAGAUUCUAUGAAAGGAAAUUCAGAUUUUAUAGAAAUUGCUAUCAAUCUCUGUAAAACUUCUACAAAAAAAACUUCGAAUCGAUAUAUUCUUAUUGAAUGCGCAAAAACUUUUAAAUAUUUAAUAAAGUUUCAUCCUAAAAUUUCUGACAAAGUUCUUUUGGCGAUAGCUGAAAUUUGCUGUAUUCACAUAAUGUCAGCUGAUCAUAAAAUACGUUCUGUUUACACUGAGCUUCUUUCAAAAGUGCCAUUAAAUAUGGCUUUACUUACAAAUCGAAGGUCCAAAAAAAAUAUGUUAAAGCAGUUUAAUGAUCGACAAAACGAUUUGAAACUUUGGUAUAACUCUAAUUUGACUGGUAUAAAUUAUCAUGACAAAUAUUUCAAAGAUUUUAUAGAAAAAAUAGCUAAUUCCAAUGAAAUAAUCUUUAUUGAUAGGUUUCUCAAAGAUAUAUUUUCAAAAUGUUGGGUUGCUAAUGGUAGAGAUGAUUCAAUUGAAUUUUAUAAUAAUUCUGUUUUUAAUAUAAAUAUGUUAAUGCAUUGGGUACAAUGGGAGUCAUCACAAUAUUGUGUAAAUAAUAAAUUGCGUACUGCCUUGGGAAAGCCGCAAGACACAUUUUUAAAAAUUGAAGCAUUGAUUAAGGAAGAUGCCCGCAUUAUUGCAAAUAGAGAAAGUGAAAAGGUUAAUGAAUUCUCCGUUCUCGUUACUAACUUGAGACAUGCAAAAAUUUUACUUGGAUUUUUAGAAAGCUUAGAAAAGACUAUUUAUAAUGCGUCAAAUGGUACUGCAUUUGCAAUUAGUUUUCCGGAAAAGCCAGCUAGAACAUUUUUUAGAGUUAAUAUAAGCACAUGUAAUGAAUGGUUUAAUAGAAUUAGGGCUGCUGUUAGUGUAGUAGCCUUGCAUUGUUCUGAACAUGAAAUCGUCAUAAGAUUUUCUGAAUUGGUGUUAAAUAAUAUGAUUAAUUCUAAUAAAAUUCAUGAUCCAGUUUUUGAUCAUAUUUUGAUGUCACUUGUAUGGGCACUUUUAAAGUGCGGCCCAAGUGAGAGUGAAACUUUGGCUGGACUUUAUGUAUGGGUUAAACAAAAAACUGGAAAGCGCUAUACAUGGAUAAAAUAUGCAUCUGAUCAUGCCAUUGGUCAUUUAGAAAAAGCUGCUGAUGGAUACAUGAGCAUUUUGAAAUCAACAGCAGAACCAGGAAAUAUUGAAAAACGUUUAAAAACAUUUGUUUAUAAUCAGUUAAUGGACUGCUUAUAUUUUACGAAUCAAUGGGGUUCUUUAGUUGAAAUGUUCGAAACAAGUGCCGCAAGUGAAGUGUAUGAUGAAUUUCCAAAUAAUAUGCUCAAUUUAAAUAUAAAACAAAUAACGCAAAUGAAAAAUUUUGAGGAAAAUUUUAACAUAUCUCUAAUCGACUUAAGUGAUUGGGAUCACAUAAAAGACUUUGAAAAUUUAAACAACAAUUUUUCUAGUUAUAAACUUAUUACACGUACUGAAAACACCCUAGUCAGCUUUCUGUUAAAUUGUGAUAAAAACACAUCAGAUGAAAAUAAAACAAUAUUAGAAAAUUGCAUUAAUUGUAUUCAAAGUUGUCUUGAAGAUUGUAUUCGAACCGGUUCCAAUGAACAUUUUCAUCACUUAAUUAUUUUGAAUCAUGUUACUAAAAGAAUAAUUGAAUUAAAUAGUGGCAAUCCGUAUUGCUUCAAUGAUAUAUAUUUGAGUAAGCAGCAUAAUUCUAGAACUAUGAUUAAAAUCAAAAGAUGGAUGGACUUGAUUCAUGCGAAACUAAAAGGAUUUAAACUUCCCAAUUACGAAAAUUUAUGCUUGGAUCUAAUAUCCUCCGCUAGAAAGGAAACUAAUUUGAAAUUAUGUAAAACAGAGCUAGAAAAAUUUUUAAAAUAUCAGAAUUUAGGACGACAAAUAAAUGUUGAUUUAUAUGGUUUAGCCAGAACUGUCAAUAAUAAUUCAGGAUUAUUAGCUUAUUGUAAUGAAGAUGAAACCAAAGCGCUAUUUGAAACUUCGAAAUGGUUAUUUAGUCAAAAUGAUUACCAAGUUGAUGGAAUUAAGUUGGCAUCGAGUGUAUGUUUAAAGAUUAUUGAAAGUUUUAAUAAAAAUGCUUCAUCCUCAGAAAAAUGUGCCAGAAUGCUACUAAAUUUAUCAGAUUGGUUGCCACAGUGUGCAGAUCAAGUUUUGGCACAUUCUAAAACUGAAGAAAAUUUUCCUUUUAUAAAUUUAAUGCAGAAAUUGCCAGAAAUAAAAUCUUAUUCUGAUGAAGCUAAUGUUAUUCCGCUUGUUGAUAUGAUGAUAGGUAAAUUAAUUCAAAUGAGCGUAAAAGAAUAUUCAAACUUAGCAAAAUCAUGGCUAGCAUUAGGUGGUUGGUAUUAUCGGUGGGGCAAAAAAAUAGUAGAAGCCAAAACUAUUACAAAUGCCGGUCUCUCUCCAAUUGACAUAGAGACAAUGCAAGAUAUUCUUUCAUUUACAGAAACUGAUGUAAUACAAGAUAUUAUAAGUGUUUUGAAUCAACAUCAAGUUGUCUCAAUAGAUGAUGAAGAGAUUGGUUCAGCUGAGCAAACUUCAACUGAUAUAAUUGAACAACAACUACGUCUUAUACCAGCACUACAUGAAACUUGUUCCGAAACAAUAACCUCCAUUAUAUUAAUUUGGAAAAGGGCAAAUAAAAGUGUUUAUAGCUAUUAUGAGAUGGCUGCUGAUGCAUAUUUUAAGUUUUUAAAUUUAGCAACAGAAAAUGAUGAAAAUAGCGAUUCAGAUGACACCGACGAAAGCUAUGGGGAUUGUGCAAUGGUGACUGCAACAUUAAGACUACUCCGACUAGUCGUGAAACACGCGUUAGGAUUACAAGAUGUUUUAGAAGAAGGAUUAAGUUCAACACCUACGAAACCAUGGAAAGCUAUUAUCCCACAGUUAUUCAGUCGUUUAAACCAUCAUGAAUUGUAUGUACGUAAGCGGGUAUCAGAAUUGUUAUGCCGUGUUGCGAAAGAUUCGCCACAUUUAAUCAUAUUUCCAGCCGUUGUUGGUGCAACUCAGCGACAGAAAGGAAGAAAUUUACCUGAAAUAAAACUUACUGAAAAACAUUCAGUUAAUGAAAAAUAUAAUGAACAUGUAGAAGAAGUUAUAAAUCCUUUAACCGUGUGCUUCAAUUCUUUGUUAUCAACAUUGUCCAAACAAGCUCCUGAAACCGUAGAACAAGUUCAAAUUCUUGAAAAAGAGUUAAAACGAAUAAGUUUACUUUGGGAUGAAUUUUGGUUGCACGCUUUAGCUCAGUUGUAUAGCGAGUACUCAGAACUUUUCAAUUCAUUUGAAGCAGAGGUAAAAAAAUGUUCAAGCGAAGAAAAAUAUCCACUUCUAUAUGAAAAGCAUAAAAUUUUAACAACUCAUAUAGUAGACGACUUGGAAAGAUUUUAUAGUUGUACUUCGCAGCCACCAGAAACAAAUUAUGAGGCCCAUUUUCAAGAAAAAUAUUUGAAAAUAAUUCGUUCUACAAUUGAAAACUUAAAACAAAAAACUUUAAAUUUACAAAAACCUAACGAAAGUUGGCAGAAAAUAAAACAAUUAUAUUCGGUAUUUCAACAAAAAUUUCACCGUAAUUUCCAAAAUUCUUUAAAAAUGAGUGACAUAAGCCCAAUUUUAGCUGACUUGAAAAACACUGUUAUUUCUAUGCCAGGUGUAGAAACUGGACGGGAAGACCCUAUUUACAUAAAAUCAGUUGACAAUGCCGUUAAUAUACUACCCACGAAGACUAGACCAAAAAAGCUAGCGUUUUAUGGUAGCAAUGGUAAAAAAUAUACAUACCUUUUCAAAGGUUUAGAAGAUUUGCAUUUAGACGAGCGUAUUAUGCAGUUUUUAUCAAUUUCAAAUUCUAUGAUGGCAAAGUCAAACAACGACACUCUGUAUAGAGCUCAUCAUUAUUCAGUAAUUCCAUUGGGGCCACAAUCUGGUCUUAUAAGUUGGGUAGACGGAAUGACACCAUUGUUUUCACUUUAUAAGAAGUGGCAACAACGUGAAGCAUCAAACCCGAUGCCAAUAAUUAAAAGAACUGCAGUUGAUUCUAAAAGUGGAACAUCUCAACAAACACAAUCAAAACAAAUGCAACAGCAACCACAACAACAGCCUACAAAUAUUGUAAUGCGACCAUCGGAGUUAUUUUAUAAAAAGUUAACACCUCUCCUAGCUGAACAAAAUUUAAAGCCUACCGAUAGCAGAAAAACCUGGCCAUUAUCAGUUUUAAGAAAGGUUCUAGAAGAUUUAACUAGAGAAACUCCAAGAGAUUUAUUAGCCAAGGAGUUAUGGUGCUGUAGUAGUAAUGCCGCUGAUUGGCGUAAAUCUAUUAAAAAUUAUUCAAGAUCUAUAGCUGUAAUGUCAGUGAUAGGCUAUGUUAUUGGUCUUGGAGAUAGACAUUUGGAUAAUGUUUUAGUCCAUCUUUCAACUGGAAACAUAGUUCAUAUUGAUUACAAUGUUUGUUUUGAAAAGGGAAAAACUUUACGUGUUCCUGAACGUAUUCCAUUCCGAAUGACACAAAAUUUGGAAGAAGCUUUAGGAAUUACAGGAAUUGAGGGUAUUUUCCGAUUAACAUGUGAGCAUGUUCUGAAGACACUUCGCAAAGAACGUGAAAUAUUAUUAACACUAUUAGAAGCUUUUGUUUAUGAUCCGUUGGUUGAUUGGGCUGUAAGCGAUGAUUGUGCAAAUAUUGGUGGCGUUGGCAUUCCCGGUGGCGAUGUGGAAAAUCCAACUAAUGCUGUAACAACAACUAGUAACUUUGCGCGUACAACAAAAGCUUUAAUCGCUGCUGUCGAUAUUGCUGCGUUAGAUACAUCAUCAACAGCAAAAUCAUCAUCAACAACUUCUACAACUAUCGCAUCAACUAAUAACAAUCCAAAUAAUACAGAAAUGAAUCAAGAAAAAUCUGAAUUUCAUGAUUCUGAUAUGGAAAAGAAUAAAGAAAAUGAAAAGACAACUGGCUCUACUGAUAUUUCUUCUAAUAAUAAUGCUGGUUUAGAUGGUGGUGGUGAUAAUGCUGUUAGCGCAGUUGGAAUUAAUAUUAAUAAUGUCAACAAUGGAAAUAUAGCAGAUCGACGUCCAUCUAGAAAAAAACUUGAAAAUGAGGUCAUGCGUAAUACACUAAUAACACGUUUUGCUGAAAUUAAACCAGCGUGGACACAAUACAGGAAUGAUUUAACUGAACAACUCCAAGAUAUUUAUAAAACUAUAAUUGAUUUAGAGAUGAAACGACAGGAAAUUAUUGAAAGUGAAAAGCAUCGCAAUUUACGAGGGAAACAACACGCUAUGGUACAAGAGAUUUCUGCGCUUGGUACGGCUAUGAGUAGUCAUCCAUUAAAUACGAUCUCGUUACGAUAUGAACAUUAUAAAAGAGCUCAGAAUGAUUUCGAAAUUGUGAAAAAAAUCCUGGAAACAAAAUAUGAAGAAAAUACCGAUAAGAAAAUUGGUUACCUAAAGACCAUUUCUCUAAAUAUGCAAGAAGGCAUUCAUAAUGAUCGAAAAAAAUUUGAAAAUAUACUACCAUUUGAAAACGAGUUUAGUUGUUUGAAGGAUUUCCUUGCGAAUAGUGCACAAACUCAAUUAUAUAAUCAAGCUGAUCAAGUGCGAAAUGAAAUGUGUACUUCAGUUGAAAAGCAAAUGAUUUAUUCGAAAGUAGGAUUAGAUACGUUAGAGCAAUAUAUCAAUAUUGUUCAAUUCUAUCCACGUUCAAUAUUACUUAAAAAUCGUUUAUUUUGGUAUCAGGAUGUAACGAAAUUAUUAUUAGAACAUUCGGAUGAGCAUCAAUUGAUUAAAGAUAGAUUCGAAAGUUAUAUAAGGCAAGAAAUGGAAAUACCAGAUAAUGUUCAAAAUAUAGUGCAAUAUGCAUCAGAAUUGGAAAGAAUUUGGUUGGAAACGAACAUCAACUUGACAAAAACUUAUGAAUUACUAAACAGCGAAAAUCCUGUAACUAUUAAAUCAAAUAUUCAUGAUAGUCUCGUAUCAAUUCAAGCGUUUAUGCAAUCUGAAUCAAGUGAGUCAGUUGACAAACUAUCGAAAUCAGGUCUUCUUUGCGCUAUUAUGGAAAUCAUAAAUAAUUUCAUUCAAAUUGAAGAAAGUGCUUCCAUAGAUCCUACAAAUCAAUUGCGAUACAUUACAAAUUCAAAUUGGAUUCUCGAUGAAUAUACAAUUUUUUUGAAUCAAAUGAUUGAAAGCUUAACACUCUUUAAUAAAAAAAAUAUAAUAGAAAUCUUAGCCGAAUUCAAUUGUCUGAUUCAAUCUUUAAGAAAACUAUUAAAUGUUUUCAACUCGGAUAUUAUUCCAAAUAUUGUAAAAUUUCUUAUGUCAGAAGAUGAUGCAGUUCUUAAAGGAUUUGAUUCUAUAGUUUGCCUUCAAAAUUUUCAUCAAAUUGAUGCACUUUUUGAAAAAAUCAGACAAAAUAUUAAUUGUGAAAAUGAUAUUCGUGGAUUGAAUGAACGUUAUCGAUAUAUUCAAAAAGAAAUGGUUGGAAAUUCAAAAGUUUCGGAAACGAUUAAUUUAACCGAAAAUGUUCUUAACGAAUGUUACAAUAAUCUAAUAAAGUUGACUGAACGUAUUGAUAAUUUUGAAGACGAUCCCAAAUUUGUUAAAUUUGAUCAUUGGCGACGAUCGAAAACUAUGAUGUCAAAACAUUUGUGUGGUUCUCAUAUAAUAAAACAAUUUUUCGAAAUUAAAAAAAUUCGAAUCUUAAUUGAAUUAAUCCUUAUUGGAAGGAGACUUUCUAACUCCAUAAAACAGAGCGAUGUUCAAUGUGUUUACGAUAUAAAUAUAUUUGUUCAAAUUGUAAUGAAUCUGAUAUCGGAUAUCUUAACACAUUUUGUAAUCGGUCUUGGUUCUCGCAUCUGUACACAAAUUGAAAUCGAAUUGUUAAAAGAUUUAUACACACAUGAAUUUCAAUUGGUUGAAGAACAACAACUAUAUCAGCCACAAAAAUUUGAAGGUUUGCUAAAUUUGUCUGUUGAACACAAUAUUUCCACUGGAUUAUUUACACUACCAUUAUAUGGGCAUAUUCAAAUUCUAUGGAAGAAUCUUUUAAUUUCCGUUAAAAAACUUAAUAUGAUUGAAAAUUUAAAACUAACAAUAGUAAACCGAACAGAUAGUCUUAAACAUAUGCAAAUAAUAUCAUCAGUUCAUUAUUGGAUAAACGAAAAGAUACUUUCCGCUCAAUUGGCACUGGGUCAUGUUAUAAACAGAAACAUAAUACAUAGAAACUUAAUAAUACAAAGUAUUCAACAAACAAUGCAACAUAUUCGAGCAUGGCAAAUUUCAAUUGAAAAAAUAAACUCGGAGCUAACAGAAUUUACAACAGCGAUAAAUCAACGUUUAAAAUGGGCUGUAGGUGCCAACCCGAAUCUUCAAAAUAUUCGACAAGAAUUCGAAGAACUUUCUAUUAGAAAUGAUAAUAAAAUUAAAACUUGCCUUUUAAUUAACACGAGUAUUAUUCAUGAUUUCAAUUGCAUUUUAGCUUAUGAAAUGUUUAAGAGUAAUAAUCAAAGUUUGGAUCAAGAAUUUUUGCUUUUAGUUGAACAAGUCAGACAAACUUGGAGAGCAAAAGUUACAGCUGAUUCACAAAUAAGUUUAGUAGAAAAAGGAAUUGUUGAACUACUGAAUCCAGAAGGCAAUAUUGAUUAUCAAUGGAUUAAUAAUAUAACCGGAUUGUUAGAUGAUAUAAUUGAUGACAAUCAUAAUAAUAUUGUUAAGUGUGAAAAAGAUAUUCAAACUAUUCAAGAAAAUUUGCAAGCCCUUGGUCAAAAAUUAAGAUCUCUGUUAGAUAGCGAACUUAGGAUUGAUGUACGAUAUUUACUGAAAUUGGUAUUUAAAAUUGAGGGUGGACAUCAAGCACAGAGGCAAAAACAAUUUCAAUCCAAUUAUAAACAGUUAUUGGGGAAAAUUAGUGACUUACAUGUAAAAAUAUUAAGUAAAGAUUUCACAGAAGGUAACUGCCAUGAAAUUAAGGAAAUUAUUGGAGAUACACAACGUGAAUUAAAUGAACUUUAUGAAGAACUUUUAAAGCUCGUAGCAGACGGAAACGACGGUAGUAAUAAAGAUAGUAGCUAUCAAUGGGAUGGAACUAAACAAUUUAACACACCAACUCGUGAAAGGAAAAAAGGCAAUCAAUUGGAGCAAAAACGUAAUGCGUAUGGCGUUUCUGUUUGGCGUCGCAUACGUAUGAAAUUAGAAGGUCGUGAUCCCGAUCCGAACAGAAGGCAAACUAUUGCAGAACAAGUGGAUUGGAUGAUACGAGAAGCCAGAAAUCCCGACAAUUUAGCAGUUUUAUAUGAAGGUUGGACACCAUGGGUUUAAAAUGGAGAAAGUAAAAAUUAUACAAUUGUGGAAGUUACGACAUUUAUAAAACAAUUAAGAUAAAGUUAAAAAAUCAUAAAUCAAAAAUAUCAUAUAGCAUUAAUCAAAAAAUAUAAAAUAUAAUAUUUAAAUAUAAAACAUAAAUAACGCAAUAAUAAGCAGACAAAAACUAAAAUAAAUACAAAAUAACAUCAAAUGUUACACCAGUUUGCAGUAAGAGAGAGCUGUAAACAACACCGUAGUUGCUUUCAUUAUUGUGUGUAUGUCAGUUUUGAAAAAAUAUAUAAACAUAUACAUUAUACUUAUUAUAAUGCAUUAUUGAAAUCUCUAAACUUUUGUAAUACCCAUUGUAUGUUUAUUCUAAUUGUAUUUUGUUAUUGACUAUUGAAAUAUUUCAAGAAUUUGUCGCGUCAAAAUAUUUAAAAUACCAUCACAAUAAAUAUAAUUUCAAAGGGCGGAGAAAUUCAUAAAGUAAAUUAUUAAAAUUAUAUUAACGAAUACAAAAUACAAUUUUAACAAAAGGAUAACAUGUAAAAGUUAUAAAAUCAUGCUUAAAAAUCAGUAAAAAUCAACAUCAUAAAAGGAAACUGUACAUUAAAACACACAUAUUCAAAAUUAAAGAGAAUUUUAAUAGUUUUUUUAGGAAAUCAUUUUCAUUUUUAUUUUUUACAAAAUUUUUUGUUUUUGUUAUACUUCUCCAAUUUUCUAGCAUUUCAAAAGCGAGCAAAUUUGUUUUAAAAUUUAAAAAUUUAAUUUUUCAAUAAUUCCAGUACUGAGUUGGCAUAAUUCAAAUUUUUUACAACUUCCUAUGUUUUAAUAAUUCUUAUCGAUCUUAACAACAAACAAUUAUAAAUGAAAAAC